GCUGGAAUGAUCACGUGUUCCCAGAAUGCAACGCGCAACUGUCAUGGUUGUCCACUGGCGGCUCACACAGCACAUGGUAGCAAAUACAAACAAAGUUCCCGUUUGAAUGAGAUACUAUUGAUACUUUACUCCCACUGUUUGGAUUUAUACACGUAAGAAAGCCACGUCCACACGCUUUGGAGAUUUCUACGGGAGUAGGAAGUAGCCGCUAUGACGCUUGUUGACGUGCAGCUCUCCAUCCUUCGAGGCUUUUUAACAACCAGCGAGGCGACGGAAUGGAAGCAAAACAUUUUCACAAUUCCAGCGGCUGGCUCCUUGCUGGAGUACUUGAUGAAUGGGGACUUCGAGGCGGUCCUUAGGAGCACUUCAGAGCUGGUUCUGCUCGCUGGAGAUUACACCUGCAGUGAGGGAGAGGACAUGGAGGCCUACCUGGAGCGACAGAUCCUGUUGUACCUGGCUGAUGGCGAAGAUGGGGAUCGAAACAACAGGGAACUGGUGGUGAUGGUCCUGUCUGUUUCUUGCCUACACAUGUUUGUUCAAAGUAACUGGACCGGUCCUUCGCUCUUCAUCAAGCUCUCUGACAUUCUGCCCUCAGCCCUGCUCUCCUCUCAGCCUCAGUCCAUGGUUGAAUCAAUCCACUCUUGCCUGCUCCUGGAUGGAGAAUCUGUGUACAGCCUGGUUGCCAACCCCUUCCUCCUUCUGCUGGCGAGGGUUAUUCUGACCAAAUGUUCUUCAAAGAUGAGCAGUCUUCAGUUGCUCCCCUGGUGGACUCUGCGCUACAUCAACCUGCACCAGCAAAUCCUGGAGGCGUGUUCUCAGCAGCUUCUCAACUUGGCACUCACAAGCAUGGAAGAAGUGCUGAAAUACAAGAGUCUGUUCUCUGAGCAAAGAAAUCUGUCCAUCCAGUUCCAUUUGGAGUGCGUGUACUGUAGUCUAGCCUACUAUGAAUACUCCACUGCGAAGGAACACAUCAAGAAAGCCCAGGAACUCUCAAUGCUUGAUAUCAACAUGACUGGUGCUCUGGGAAAGCGUACCUAUUUCCAGGAAAAGUACUUGGCUCAACUCAUCCUCGAGGUCAAACAAAAGCAGGAUCAGCUUGGAAAUGCAGUUACUGAACCAAGUCCCUCACCAACACCAAAAACGCUUCUGCCCAAGGACUGCAGUCUUGGCGAUGACACCGUGUUAGACAAGCUAAAUUUAGCAGAACCAGACCAGUACGAGCUACCGGACCUCGGUGCAGAGGAGCAAGCUUUGAUCCUAGCUGUGUGCACUGAUUUUCAGAAGAACAACCCUGUCCACAAGCUGACACAAGAAGAACUCUUGGCCUUCACAUCAUGUUUACUGUCUCAGCCUAAGUUCUGGGCUGUGGAGAUGACAGCAGUAUGCCUCAGGACCAAACUGGAAAAAGGGAGUUCCCGAUGUGUUGAAAGAGCCAUGAUGCAAAUGCAGGCAGUUGCAGACCAUUUUGAAGACACAAACUGUCCUUUUACUGAACGUCUCAAGGUCUUUUACUGCUGCCAUGCUCCAACCAGAUGGGUUGUUCAGAAACAAUUAGCUGCACUGCUGAUAGACCUCGGCUGCACCAGUUCAGCGCUGCUCAUUUAUGAAAAGCUGCAGCUAUGGGAAGACGUAAUCGUCUGCUGGGAGAGACUUGGCCAACAUGGGAAGGCUGAAGAGCUGGUUCGUCAGGAGCUGGCAAAGAAGGAGACUCCCAGUCUGUACUGCCUACUUGGGGACAUCUUAAGAGAUCAUCAGUAUUACGACAAAGCUUGGGAUCUAUCAGGCCAUCGCAGUGCCAGAGCCAUGCGCUCCAAAGCCCUGCUGCAUCUCCGUCAGAAGGAGUUUCAGCAGUGUGUCGACUGCUUCGAAAAGGCAGUCAAAAUCAACGCCCUUCAGCUUGGUGUGUGGUUUUCUCUUGGUUGUGCCUACCUUGCCUUGCAAAGUUACGAGGGUGCAGCCCGGGCUUUCCAAAGAUGCGUGGGACUGGAGCCAGAUAAUGCAGAAGCCUGGAACAACCUCUCUAUGGCGUACAUUCGCCUAAGAAACAAAAACAAAGCCUUCCGCACCCUACAGGAAGCCAUUAAGUGUAACUACGAACACUGGCAGAUUUGGGAGAACUUCAUUGUUGUCAGUAUUGAUAUCGGUGCCUUCUCUGAAGCCAUCAAGAGUUACCAUCGUUUAAUGGAUCUAAGGGACAGCUACAAGGACAUCAAGAUUAUUCAGAUCCUGGUGCGUGCUGUUGUUGAGAAGCUGACGGACAAUCAAGGCGAGCCGGCAGCGUCUCUGCAGCCCAAACUACGAGAACUUUUGGGACGGGUCAGUUCUCGCCAAAGCAGCGACCCUGAAAUAUGGCGGCAGUAUGCAGUACUGUACGGUGGCGGUCACAGCGCCUUACCAGAGGACAACGACAAGGCACAACAGUUCUUGUCCAAAGCUUUUCGCUGCGAAAUACAAGCUGCUGGAUGGGAGAAAGAAACAUGUCUUUUUAAAAACGUCAUCAGAAGAGCCAUCAAUAUGGGAGAAGUGAGCAUCAGUUGCAGUGAGAAGAAGAAGAAUUCAGCAGAAGCUCUUCAGAUGCUUUCUUCAGCUCGUCUCAGCCUGAAGAGUUUGCUCACCAAAGCUAAGCAAACACACACUGACAUGGAGUCUGGUGCCAUCCAUGCUGAUCUGCAGGAUGACGUCGUUGAGCUGGAGCAACUCGUCACACAAUUACAGGAACUUUGUGCACAACUACGAACACAAUCCCGGUGAACAUUGUCUCACCCCUUCAGCCAAAUGUCUUUAUGUCCAAUCACCAAUAAUCCACCUUCUUAUUAUUAGUACUAAAAAGUGGAAAUCAACACUACUGAUCGACCACUUUUGUUUUUUAAUGUUUUUAAAAGGUAUAUUGUCCAUAAUUAUGUAAACAACUUCAAUGAUGAUUUAAAGGCCUACUGAAACCCACUACUACCCACCACGCAGUCUGAUAGUUUAUAUAUCAAUGAUGAAAUAUUAACAUUGCAACACAUUCCAAUACAGCCUUUUUAGUUUACUAAAUUGCAAUUUUAAAUUUCCCAGGAGUUUUUUCUUGAAAACGUCACGUAAUGAUGACGUGUAGGCGUGACGUCACAGGCUCUUAGGGAAUAUGAGGGCUGCGCACACACACAGCUAAAAGUCGUCUGCUUUAACGGCAUAAUUACAAAGUAUUUUGGACAUCUGUGUUGCUGAAUCUUUUGAAAUUUGUUCAAUUAAUAUUGGAGAAGUCAAAGUAGAAAGAUAGAGUUGGGAAGCUUUAGCCACACAAACACUAGGUGAUUCCUUGUUUAAAAUUCCUGGAGGUGAAAGUUUACUAUGGAUCAGAGCGCGGUCAAGCGAACAUGGAUCCUGACCGAAUGUCAACCAGCAGGUUUCGGUGAGAAAAUUGUGGUAAAAAGUCGCUUCUUACCGGAGAUCAGCUGAGCUUGUGCCGUCCAUAAAGCUGCCGUUGAAUUCGCUGAGACAUUGGCGUCAAGACACCUGCGGACAAACCCCUCUGACUAUCAGGUACUAUUAAACUCACUAAAACACUAGCAACACAAUAGAAAGAUAAGGGAUUUUCCCGAAUUGUCCUAGUAAAUGUGUCUAAAAACAUCUAAAUCCGUCCCAAUGCAAUCACGUUUUUUUUUUUUACUCGUUUUUUAUUUAUUUUUUUUUUUUCUAGUUCGUCGCUAUCAAUAUCCUCAAACACAAAUCUUUCAUCCUCGCUAAAAUUAAUGGGGAAAUUGUCGUUUUCUCGGUCCGAAUAGCUGCUUUUGUUGGAGGCUCCCAUUAGAAACAUCAACAUGUGACAUCAUCGUCUGCGACUUCCGGUAAAGACAGGGCUUUUCUGUUAGCACCAAAAGUUGCGAACUUUAUCGUGGAUGUUCUCUACUAAAUCCUUUCAGCAAAAAUAUGGCAAUAUCGCAAAAUGAUCAAGUAUGACACAUAGAAUGGACCUGCUAUCCCCGUUUAAAUAAGAAAAUCUCAUUUCAGUAGGCCUUUACGGAAAGCUUCAAAACAACAUAUGAGUGUUUUUCAUUUAUUUUGCAAACUUGUGCAUCCCAGAAGAAUAAAACCACUUGGCUUGAAA